CGACAACAUGAAGCACCCUGAUCUUUGUCUGCAAUGCAUUAGCUCCCGCACGUUUGCAUUCCCCGAUUGCCAAAGCAAGCAAAGCUGCGAAACAUUCCGAGAUCAAUGCAUGCGGCGCUAAGUCAGAGCCUGAACGUAGGUGAAUUGGAAAGUCUGAGCACAGACAGUUCCUCUCUUCUGGCUCUCUUUUCUCGCUCCCUCUUCUCGUGAAGACCUUCCGAUUCACUACCUCAGAACCUUCGACCAACAUCCCGCCGAACCAUCAAGCAAACAUACUGGCUACCGGAUGGCUAUCUCGAAUCCCGUCGACAUGGACGGCAACUUCAGCGCGACCAGCCAACCUCAGACCAACACCGACACCGCCAACACCACAGUCACUAUGCCCCCCGCCUUCCUUCGACUCCCCGCAGAGAUUCGGAUCCGCAUCUACGAAGAGGCCGUCGUCUCCGGCGUAACCCUCUUCCGCCUCGCGGAGCCCGCCCUGAUGCUCGUCUCCAAGCAACUCCGCAACGAAGUAGGCGACGUCUUCUACGGCUCAAACAUCUUCAAGUUCCAUCGUCACUCCUUCUACGAAGGCACGCUCAACGCUCAGUCGCUGCGCCAACUCCGCCGCCGAGCCGGCGACCACGCCAUUGGAGCCGUCAUGGUCGUCCGCGACGUCUGCUACGAUGGACCGGGUGAUAUCAAGCGCAUGUGGCUGAGCUUUCGGGUCCAGCUCUCCGAGAAAGGUACGGUUGAGAUCCAUACCGGCUCGGACUCGGCGCAGAAAUUGGUCAUUAUGGAUGAGCGUGUCACCCUCAAUUGGAAUCCGACUCGCGAAUUGUGUUUGUGUGGGUUGGCCCGCAUGGCGCUGCGUGUUGUUCCGGGACGUCAGGCGGUGCUCGACUUCAUGGACCAGUACCUGGCCUACGUCUACACCGAUCCAAAGGACAACAAGUUGUUUGUUUGUAGGACAUGCCAAGCUGGUCGAUCUCGCCGAUUGAAGUUGAGGCUCUGA